CUCCUGGGUGUGCGCAGCCGCAUAGCGCCGCGGCUGUUCCCACUAAUCCCGGCGCUGCGCACUUGCCAGCCAGUUCGCCUGUCCGGAGCCCGGCUCGCUGGAGCAGCAUGGCGGGGUCGCCGCUGCUCUGCGGGCCGCGGGCCGGGGGCGUCGGCAUUUUGGUGCUGCUGCUCUUGGGUCUCCUGCGGCUGCCUCCUGCUCUGUCCACACGGCCGGUAAAGGAGCCCCGCAGCAGCCUGAGUGCAGCAUCGGUGCCCAUGGCUGAGACGGGUGCUCCCCGCCGCUUGCGACGGGCGGUGCCCCGAGGAGAGGCGGCGGGAGCGGUGCAGGAGCUGGCGCGGGCGCUGGCGCACCUGCUGGAAGCUGAGAGGCAGGAACGCGCGCGGGCAGAGGCUCAGGAGGCGGAGGAUCAGCAGGCACGUGCCCUGGCGCAGCUAUUGCGCUUCUGGGGCUCCCCGCGUGCCUCAGACCCGCCGUUGGCUCUGGACGACGACCCUGAUGCUCCCGCUGCACAACUCGCCCGCGCCCUGCUUCGCGCUCGUCUUGACCCCGCCGCCCUCGCAGCCCAGCUUGUCCCUGCGCCCGCCGCUGCGCUGCGACCCCGGCCCCCAGUGUACGACGACGGUCCCACGGGUCCGGAUGUGGAGGACGCCGGCGACGAGACACCGGACGUGGACCCAGAGCUGCUGAGGUAUUUGUUGGGGCGGCUCCUCACUGGAAGCACGGAACCCGAGGCCGCAGCGGCCCCGCGCCGCCUCCGCCGUGCUGCCGACCAGGAUUUGGGGCCGGAGGUGCCUCCUGAGGGUGUGCUGGGGGCACUGCUGCGUGUGAAACGCCUGGAAAAUACAGCGCCCCAGGCACCUGCGCGCCGCCUCCUGCCUGCCUGAGCUCUGCAGUAUCCCGCGCUUCCUGGAGUGCAGGAGCGCUCCAGCAUGCCAUACUCCCCCGCCAGCACCCCAGCACCCCUAAGAUUCCCAAACCCUGACCCUUCAAUAAAUGCGAUCUAAGCAGC